GCGGGAAACGAGUCAAGCUGUAUCUCCGCGAGUACGCCGCGGAGGAGGAGCGGCCGGCGUGCCGGGAGGAGUGGCGGCGCGGCGAAUGGGCCGGCGGCGCGCGAGGCCGCCUGCCGCAGGUGGACCGCAGCCCCUCACGCCGCAGCCCCUACCUCACGCGCGAUGACGAGCCCUCGCCGGCGCCCGACGAGCGCGGCCGCUCCGCGUCGGCCGGCGCUCACCACCGCGCGCGUCCGCGCCCGCUCCGCUACCAGUCGCUCGAGCGCGACUACGACCGCUCGUACGCGCCGCCGCCGCCGCCCGAAGAUGAUUACUACCGCCGCGAGCCGCCCCCCCUCUUCCUUGGAGAGCUGCAAUCUCAGAAUUCCGAUCUGCAGCGCGAGUUGGGAAACCUUAAGAAAGAGCUCGAAUUGACCAACCAGAAGCUGGGCUCCAGCAUGCAUAGCAUAAAAACCUUCUGGAGCCCCGAGCUGAAGAAGGAGCGCGCGCUGCGUAAGGAGGAGAGCGCCAAGUACAGCCUCAUUAAUGACCAGCUCAAACUGCUCAACCAAGAGAACCAGAAACAAGCGAUGCUUGUGCGCCAACUAGAAGAGGAAUUAAGACUACGCAUGCGUCAACCAGCUCCUGAAUUACAACAACAACUAGAGGCAUUAUUCGCUGAAAACGAACAUCUACAAAGAGAGAUAGCUAUAUUGAGGGACACUAUAAAGGAACUUGAGCUACGGAUCGAAACGCAAAAGCAAACAUUACAGGCCAGAGAUGAGAGCAUCAAAAAGUUACUUGAAAUGCUUCAAAACAAGGGGAUGGGUAAAGAGGAAGAGCGACAAAUGUUCCAACAAAUGCAGGCCAUGGCACAAAAACAGGAGCUCAAGGCGACGGCGGACACGCUGCGGGCGCUGCAGGCGCAGCUGGAGCGCGCGCUCGCCGCGGCCGGCCUGCCCGGCGGCAGCGCGGGCGCCACACUCACCGCCGUGCUCGAGACCAAGGAAGCACGCAUCGCGACGCUGGAGCGGCAGGUUGCGUUGCUCGAGAGCGAGCUGGCCGCGCUGGUGUCGCCGCCGCCGCCCUCGCUCGCGCCCUCGCACGCCUCGCUAUACGAUAAGGCCGACCCUCCGUUCAAGAGACAACUGGACGAGUUCCGGCUUGAGAUCCAGCGCAGAGACCAGGAGAUCCUCGCGAUGGCGGCCAAGAUGAAGGCGCUGGAGGAGCAGCACCAGGACUACCAGCGGCACAUAGCCGUGCUCAAGGAAUCUCUCUGCGCCAAGGAGGAACACUACAGCAUGCUGCAGACAGAUGUCGAAGAACUGAAAGCACGUUUAGACGAAAAGAGCAGAUUGGUUGAAAAGAAAACAGCAGCAGCGCUAGCGGCCGCACAUGAACUGGCAGAACUAAGAGAUCAUUCAGAAAUAAAAGAUCGAAAGAUUAAUGUGCUGCAGAGAAAGAUCGAAAAUUUAGAGGAUCUUCUUAAAGAAAAAGAUAACCAAGUCGACAUGGCCAGAGCUAGAUUGAAUGCCAUGCAAGCCCAUCAUUGUUCUUCUGAAGGCGCAUUAUCUUCACUAGAGGAAGUUAUAGGUGACAAGGAAAAACAAAUACAACAACUCAGAGAGCAAAGAGAUAGAGCAGAACACGAGAAAAAUGAAGAAAGAGAACUGCAUGAAAGAGAAAUAGCUGAAUAUAAAAUGAAACUACACGCUCUAGAGAGUGAAGUCGAAAAACUCGGCGCUAGACUCGAAAGAGCUCAGGCAGAGAAAGAUAGACUUGAGGCCAAGCUGGAGAGUUCGCAAUCUGAACUCGGAAAGUCUAAGGCAGAGUUGGAUAAGGCUGCAAGUGAAGUCGGUAGAUCUGGCGCAGACUGGGAAGCAGCUAAACAACGUUUAGCUAGGCUUGAGCUUGAAAACGAAAGACUUAAACACGAGCUUGAACGUUCCCAGACAACGUUUGGUAGAAGUACAUUAUCUACUUCUCAAGAGCUUGAUAGAAUACAAGAGAAAGCUGAUAAAAGCGCCGCAGAAUUGAGACGCACUCAAGCAGAAUUAAGAGUGACUCAAGCAGACGCUGAGAGAGCCAGGUCAGAAGCCAGUGCUUUGCAGGAUAAAUUAGAGAAGUCUCAAGGCGAAGUAUACCGUUUGAAGGCUAAACUAGAAAAUGCACAAACUGAACAGGACAGUCUGAAAGAGGAAUAUGAUCGUCUACAGUCAUCGAUAAGCCGCCUGCAUUCAGAGCGAGACAAGGCUAUUGCAGAACUUGACAAAGCAAGAGAAGAACUUGAAAGAACACAAGCUACUCUCGGCAAGGCACAACUGCAACAGGACAAACUCCAAGCCUCACUCGACGCGGCCCAUUCAGAGAUCGAUAAACUGCAAGAGAAACUUGAUAAAUCUGCUGUUGAAGUUAGAAAGCUGCAAGUUGACCGCGAGAAGCAAGCGUACGACUUCGAGUCGAUACAGUCGCAGCUGGACAAGGCGCUGGGUCAAGCCGCGAGGCUGCAGAAGGAGAGAGACACGGCACAGCUCGAUGCAGAUAGAUUCCGAGACAAGCAUGAGAAGGCACAGGCAUUAGUAACUCGUAUCCAGAAGGAGCGUGACGCAGCUCUAGCCGAGGCUGCCAGCUGUCGCGAGCGGGCUGAGGCUGCGGCUGCAGCUGCUAAUAGAGCCGCCAGAGACAGAGACAGCGCUGCCACCGAGCUCGACGUACUCAGAGAGAGAUGGGAGAAGGCACACCAACAGCACCAGAAACUUACGAUGGAAAGGGACGACGCCUUAACGGAAUUGGAAAUAUUGAAAGAGAAACUUGACAAGGCCUUGUAUUCAACUCAAAAGACAAUUGAAGAAAAGGAGACUGCGCACAAAGAAUACGAGAAAAUGCUCGAAAAGUAUGAUAGGUCUCAGAAUGAAAUCUACAGACUUCAAAAUAAGAUAGAUAUUUUAGAAGCGGACAAAGAUCGAAUCGAACUUGAACUGGAGAAACAAGUACAUUUGUCUACGAAAUCCAGGGAAGAUCAGAGAAAAUUACAAGACGAAUUGGCUAGAUUGCAGGAAAUGUAUGACAGGGCAUCUUUACAGUUAGGCAGGACCAAAGAACAGGAAGAGAAAGCUAAAGAAGACAUGGAUAGGCUGAGUGUUGAUAUUGAAAUGGUUCGUGAACGUUAUGAGAAGAGUCAGAUUGAAUUGAGAAGGCUCCAGGCUGAAAAGGAAAAAUUGGUAGCUGAUAACGAACGGUUACAAUUUGAGUACGAUCGAGCGAUGACACAGUGUGGCAAAGCACAGGCUUCUAACGAAAAGACACAAGAAGAAAUGGCCAGAGUUCAAAUCGAACUUGAAAAGAUGUAUGACAAACAUGACAAGGUAUCAUCUGAAUUGAGGAGAGUGCAAGCAGAACUAGACAAAGUUAAACAAGACGCCAGUGGCGCCAGAGAAGAGGCAGAAAGAUACGCGGCUCGUUAUGGAAAAUACCAUGACACUAAAGAAGAACACGAGAGAACCAAGCUGGAGGUGGAACGGCUGCGAACCCGGCUAGAGAAGACGACGCUAGAACUGGAACGUGCGCGCAAGGCCGAAGAGGAGGUCACCCGUCUGCGUUCCGAGCUGGAGCGCGUCGAGGGGCUCCGAGGUAAAUACCAAUUCGAACAGGAUAAAUGGACCAAUGAGGUUAAUAGAAUGCAGGCGGAACUCGAUAAGCAACGCGAGCGUUACGAGGUUUCGCAGGCUGAUGUGCAGCGUCUACAGGCGGAGAAGGAACAAGCAGAAACUAAGUUCCAUGAAAUUAACAUACAGUUAGAGUUAUCUAAAGGAGAGGUUACGAAACUCAGCGCAGCGUUGGAAAAGCAACGUACAGAACUAGAACGUGCUCAUAUUGAGUGCGAGAAGUUCAGAGAUCGCUGUGAGAAGCUCAAAUUACGAUCAGAACAGUUGGAUAAGGACAAUGAGAGACUCAAAGGAGAAUUGCAACAGAUUGAGAGGAUGAAACUCCAGGCAGUUGCCGGAGACAAAGCUAGAACUGAGGAUAGACUCGAGAUUGAGCGUUUACGAGAUAAAUUGGAAAAAGCUAUUCAAGCGAGAGAUGCCACCGAAAUGGAGGCAGGACGCUUAGCCAAGGAACUCGAAAAAUCGCAAAUGCAUUUGUCAAAAUAUCAAGAAACGAACGAAACGACGCGUGUUGAAUAUGACAGGAUGACUAAUGAAUUAGGCAGAAUGCACGAACGUUUAGAGCGUACAAUCCUAGAAAUGAGGCAGAUAGAACAGGAGCGAGAUGCACUCAGAACUGAAAUACAGAAUACGAGACGCAACGUUGAGCAACAGCAGAGAACUUUGGAUCAUAGAACACAGGAAACUCUUGUGAAACUUCAGCAAGAAUUGGCACAGUCUGUGCGGGAUAGAGAAAAGAUGGCUUCCAUAUUGGAACAGCGAGAUAAACAAGCGGACGCCAUCGAAAAACAGAUUGUAAAAUUAGAAGCGGACACGAAACAGUUGACAAUCGAACGCGAUCAGCUAGUGGCACAAUUGGAGAAGUCACAAGAUAUGCUUGUAAAUUUCCAAAGGGAACUAAAUGCUUCGGAAGCAGAGCUUCAAAAGCAGCGUGAUGAAGUGCGCAGACUAAAGGAGGAACAAAGAAAGAUGGCUCAGGAUUCAGAACGUGGCGCCAAAACCGUCCUUGAAAGUCGCGAGAGAGAAAUCGCGAAGUUACAGCAGCAAGUCCAAGGUCUCAGCAAGGAACGAGACACUAUUAAACAACGUGCAGAAAAAGCUGAAAAAGAAGCUCAGAAAGUCGCCGAGCUUGACAAAUGGCGAGCUGCAGUCGAAGCAGAAAAAACCAAAGCAAUCUCAGCAGAAAAAGCUCUAUCUGAAUGCCAACAGCGCUUACAGUCUCUAGAGAAACAGUUCCAGACACAACAGCAGCAAUUACAGCAACUUCAGGCGCGCGGUCCGUCUGACGUCCGCGAGGUUCAGAAGCAGCUCGAAGCGGCACAAGCGGAAUCGCGAGCACUCGCCGUGGAGCGGGAGCGGUGCCAGUCACAGCUCGAGAUGCUCGUUCAGGAAUUGGAGAAGAGCCAGCUCGAUCUCCGCGAAGCGAACAAGAAACUCCAGGCAGCUGGCAACCAGAACGCGAAAGCUGGGGAAGACGCAGCGCAAGCUAAGCGGCAGCUGCAAGAAGAAUUUAAAAAGUUAGACGACGCAAGAAAACAGUUCGAAGAUCACAGAAGAACGUGGGACAAUAAGAGGAAAGAAGUGGAGGAGAAAGAGAAGUCGCUGACGGAGUUGGAUCGACAGUUAAAGAAGAGAAAAGAGCAAAUGGACCAAAUGGAAGCAUCUUUGAGGAAGGCCGGCGGCAGUGCAGCGGCGGUCUCAGACCUGAACCGCAAGCUAACGGACUCGCAGAAAGAAGCGGACCAGUUGAAACAACAGCUCGACCAGACCAAGGAGGAGGCUAAACGACUCACUGCCGAGACAGAGCGGCUGUUGCAACUGGUGCAGAUGUCGCAAGAGGAACAGGCGCAGAAGGAGAAGCAGAUCAUGGAUCUGCAGCAGUCUGUACGGAACCUUCAAGCCAAACUGAAAAGUCAGCAACAAGCACAAGCACAAAGAGAAGAGGAACUGAAUAAAGCGAGACAGAGCGAAAUAGCGGCUAUAGAGGAUCUGACAAAAACACUGUCAGAGAAAGACGAGUUGAAAACGAAACUGGAGGAAAACAAACUAAAAGUGAUAGACUUAGAGAUAGAACUCAACGAAUCGUCCCUUAUACUUUCAGAGGUGUUAAAGAUAUCAGAUAGUCAGGAGUUAACAAAUAUUAAGAGGAGUAAGAGCUUUUUUGAAUUGCAAAAGAGUGGUAAGGUAGUGGAUAGGAUAGACAAAUGUCGAUUUAGCAGGAGCGAUAACCAUCUCAAUAUCGCACAUAGGACAGAUAAAGGCGACGCGCCAAAUAUAAGUAAGCUUACUAAAAAGGUAGCAGACUUGACUAAAGAAAUAGCAAUCAAGAACUCUAAAAUAAUCGAGCAGCAGAGAUGUGUUUCGAUCUUGGAAGAAGCGCUAAGAGAAAACAACAAUAUAGCAGAAUUCGAACAGCUACUGGCAGUUGUAAGGAGUAAAGACGAAAGGAUUAACGAAUUAGAACAGUUAGUAAAUAAACAACGUGGGCCAGUAACGGAUUGUAAAGAUAAACGUAUAUUGGAACUUGAGGAAGCUUUAAAGGAGUCUUUCAUGGUUGCCGCUGAAAGGGAAAAGGUUUUUUACGAUGAAGAACAGAGGAGAAUUGAAACUUUGCAUAAGAUGAGAAAAAUGGAACAACGCAUACGUUCUCUGCAGAACGCUUCGGCAAUGAGCUGUGAGACGUGUUCCUCAGUUCUAAAGCGCUUGAAACAACUCGAGUCGUCGCUGCAGGAUUGUCAGAAGAAGAAAGAGGCCGUACUGCGCCAGCUAUGUCAUGUCAUUCAGGACAUAUUGGAAGCGUCGAUCAGCGAGAAGGACGCUCAAAUAGCUGAGCUCGAAGUGAAAGGUGCUUUAGACGAAUUCGAGACGAUUAGAUAUGAUUCGCUCAAAAGCGAAAAGGAUAGAUUGCUCAACAGAUUGAAGAUUGAGAAUGAACGCAUAGUGGAACUUCGGGAUGGGUACCAGGAGUGCAUACCACAGGAAGAGCGUGGAUCUCUGCCAGUCGACCUGACGCUAGCCGACGGCCACAUCGACAUCUACGGCGACAAUGUAAUUGUCUGGGAGGAGGACACCCCGGCGACAGUACUCUGACGUCAACAAAGCUAAGUCAAAAACCUAAAUGUGUUUUGGGGCAUAGCGUCAUCGCAUUAGUCACUUCACCCGCUACCUUACCAAUCAUCGCUUACCACACGUACGCAUCUUGCAGAUCUAAUACCAAGAUUACCUCUUCGCUUGCCAUUCUCGUUUUAAUAGUGCCAUAAGACCAAAGAUGUUCAUUGAUUUCAUUUAUUUUAUUUGUAAAUAAAUCUUGUUUUUUUA